CUUCAAAAAAAAAAAUUAUAUAAUAUAGAACUGUGUAGUCUGCCGCUCUUUUCUCUGUUUAUAAAAGACCAAUUAACAACGAUAAAUCAUUAACCUUUCUUACAUUCAGUCGCCACUUUCAAAAACCCUUUGUGGAUCCACACACUUAUAUUUCCUUUAAUCUCAAAUUUCAGGCUGAAACAAUGUCGACUGUGAACAUCCCUAUUCAAAGCCUGCUUAGCACCAUUCCAAAGACAACAUCAUUGACCCCCAUGGUGAACUGCCCUGUAUCUUUGGGUUCAGUAAAAGAAAUAUCCAAGUCAUUUGGCUUGAAAUCUUCAUGCUCUUUUAGAACGACUGCAAUGGCUGUAUACAAGAUAAAAGUAAUUGGGCCAGACGGGGAAGAAAAUGAAUUUGAUGCUCCAGAUGAUUGUUACAUCCUUGAUUCAGCCGAGCAAGCGGGGCUUGAGCUACCGUACUCAUGCAGGGCAGGUGCCUGCUCAACUUGUGCUGGGCAGCUCGAAAGUGGAACUGUGGAUCAAUCAGAUGGAUCUUUUCUGGAUGAAAAUCAAAUGGAGAAGGGUUAUUUGCUCACAUGUGUUUCGUACCCGCGAUCCGACUGUGUAAUCCACACCCACAAAGAGGCUGAUCUGUACUAAGGUACUAGGAAAGAUAUGAGUUUUAUGUAUGUUAGCUUUCAUGGAUUUUCUAGUUGUGGGAUUCAAUAAACCUUGUAGCUGGUUUACCUAUUGAAAAAUGUUAAAUGAGUUCUGCAGUUGAUCAAAGAAUUCACAAUUUGUAAAAUUGUAGUGUUAUAGCUGUGUAUUGUUUGCACUUUUUCUUUUGUUUUCAUUAAAUCAAAUGAAAGUGAUUCAAGUGAAGUGAGGCACUUAAUUUAUUUUUU